AACUUCAAUUAAUCUCUUAGGAUCUGCCAAAAAAACCUAAAUAAAAACAAAAAUGUCGUGCGUUGAGGCAAUUAGUGAACUAGAGACACGAUUGGGCGGGUCCACACUGGAGGAUGUGGCCAGCCGCCAUCGCCGCGAGCGCAAAGAACUCCAAGCCAAAUUGCAGGCGAUGAAGAAAAAUGCGCCGAAAAACAACAAAAACAAGAGGAAGGAGUUUCUCGAGGAGAUGGCGCGCUUAGAGGGCGAACUGGAGAAGCGUCACCAGGCGGAGUUGCAAGAGGCAGUUGCACCAGCUGCGACAACACUACAAGCUGCCAUUGAGCCACCAGCUGCUGACAGCCACAACAACAACAAUAACGAUAACAAUGACAACGACGAAGAGGUGGAUGCAGUGCAUCCGACGCAGCAGCGAGUCUCCAAGGCGCAGAAGCGUCGCGACAAAAAGGAGCGUGAGGCACGCGAACGGGAACAGGAAAUACGCGUUGAGCUGCAGAAUGCAGCCAAUGAGCCGUCGCCCAAGCUGAUCGAGUUGCAGCAGAUCACGGCUAAGUUGAGCAGUCGCCAGCUUGCGUUGCACUCGAUUGCUUCCGACGGUGAUUGCUUAUAUCAUGCGGUGCGUCAUCAGCUGCAACUGCAUGGGCUGCCCGAUCGCAGUGUUGCCGAACUGCGCCACGAGACUGCCCAAUAUGUGCGUGCUCAUAAGGAUGAGCUCAUCUGCUACAUGACGCAUCCGGAGACGGGCGAGGUGCUUAACGAUGAGCAAUUCGAGGCCUACUGCGAGGACAUUGCCAAGACGCACUCGUGGGGCGGACACAUUGAGCUGAAGGCGCUCUCCUCGCUGCUGCGCGUCCCCAUCGAAGUGAUCCAAGCUGUGGGCGCCUCCACGCUGCUUUCCCUGGAGGAAUUGGGCGGGGCGCCAUUAAUCAUUUGCUAUCAUCGCCAUAUCUAUCAGUUGGGCGCCCAUUACAACUCCACGGUGUCGGUGGAGUAAUGGAGCCAAAAAUAGAAUUCUGAUUUUGUAACACGUUUAUUGAUUUAAUAAUAAUAUUUAUAUUAA